AUGAUUUGGAGGUUCAACGUGAUAAUAUUUCAAACAAAUUAUUGCGCAUUCGACACACCUUCGGUCUCUCCACGCCCCCCUCGGGUGCUUCUCGUCGGGAAUCUUUGUCAUGACGUCAUCACGCUGAAAUCCGGGAAAACGGUCGAGGCGUUAGGCGGCUCGGUCGCGUACAUCUCGCGCGUGCUCGACGCAGUCGGCGUGUCGUCGCGAUCCGUCGCGAAAGUCGGCUCGGAUUUUAAGUACUGGGACGCGCUGGGCCCGAGUUGCCGGCCGGUAGUGGUGGGUGGGGCCGAGUCGGAGAGAAGGUGUUUAAACGGUUCUGCAGUGUCAGCAGCAGCAAAGACGACCGAAUUCUUCGCGGAUUUCGCAGGCUCUGACCGCGUGCUUACAGCCGGUCACGUGUGCGAAGCCAUAGAACCAGCAGACCUCCCCAGCCUCUCAUGCCCAUGUCCUUGCCUGUGCGGAUGCCAAGAUGCGAAUCCAUUGGCGAAUUCCCAUCCUGAUCAUUCCACUCCACCUGAUGCUGCUCUCACUUUCGCUGGGGAGGACUGUGGCUAUAAGAGAUGUGACUCAAGACGACCAGUUGGUAAUCAGAGUUCAGAGAGCUGCUCUCAUGUGCCGAUGUUUGAUGUGGGAGUGGCUGCUGGUGUGGCUGGGGAGGUUCCGCCAUCAACAGUGCGACACAUUGCAGAAAUCUCACGCCACACAGUGGCGGAUCUACAGGUUGCCAGUCAUGAAGCUGAUUUUCUGGAUAUUAAGAAGUGUGCUCGGCUGCUUGGCACAGCCCAGGCUAGGAAUGCGGUGGAGCGAUGCAAUGGCAGUGGAGAUGAUAUGAUUGGAGGAGCUGUGCUGCUGACUCAGGCUGAAAAGGGGUGUACUGUCAUCACAAGAGAUAGAGAGUUCGUGGUCCCCUCAUUUCCUGCAGUGGAAGUGGAUUCCACAGGUGCAGGUGAUUCGUUUAUGGCAGGCUUCAUUACAGGCCUGUGCUUAAAUCGAACAUUAGAGGAGGCAGUGCAGAUGGGCUCGUUCUUCGGGAGCAUAGCUGUGGAGCAGCUUCCUUUUCAAAGCUCUCUUUCAGCGCACUUAGAAACUCCUGCUUACGAUUUAGACACAAUGGCCGCCAAGGGAGAAGGUCCCGCAAUCGGUAUCGAUCUCGGUACCACCUACAGCUGCGUCGGUGUGUGGCAGCACGAUCGCGUGGAGAUUAUCGCCAACGACCAGGGUAACCGCACCACCCCCUCCUAUGUCGCCUUCACCGACACGGAGCGUCUCAUUGGCGAUGCUGCGAAGAAUCAAGUCGCCAUGAACCCCAUCAACACCGUCUUUGAUGCCAAGCGUCUGAUCGGCCGUCGCUUCUCCGAUGCUCCCGUCCAGAGCGACAUCAAGCUGUGGCCGUUCAAGGUCACCGCAGGCCCCGGCGAGAAGCCCAUGAUCGAGGUCCAGUACAAGGGCGAGACCAAGUCCUUCGCUGCUGAGGAGAUUUCCUCCAUGGUGCUCACCAAGAUGAAGGAAAUCGCCGAGGCGUACCUUGGAACCACCAUCAAGAACGCUGUGGUCACCGUCCCUGCUUACUUCAACGACUCUCAACGACAAGCCACGAAGGAUGCUGGCGUUAUCGCCGGCCUGAACGUGCUCCGUAUCAUCAACGAGCCCACCGCCGCUGCUAUCGCGUACGGUCUCGACAAGAAGGCCUCCAGCUCCGGCGAGAAGAACGUUCUCAUCUUCGAUCUCGGCGGAGGUACCUUCGAUGUGUCCCUGCUGACGAUCGAGGAGGGUAUUUUCGAGGUCAAGUCGACUGCUGGUGACACUCACUUGGGCGGUGAGGACUUCGACAACCGUCUGGUGAACCACUUCGUCCAGGAGUUCAAGAGGAAGUACAAGAAGGACAUCACCAACAACCCCAGGGCUCUCCGCCGUCUCCGUACCGCCUGCGAGCGUGCCAAGAGAACUCUCUCGUCCACGGCGCAGACGACCAUUGAGAUCGACUCUCUGUAUGAGGGUAUUGACUUCUACUCCACCAUCACCCGUGCCAGAUUUGAGGAGCUCAACAUGGACAUGUUCCGCAAGUGCAUGGAGCCAGUCGAGAAGUGCCUCAAGGACGCCAAGAUGGACAAGGGUGCCAUCCACGACGUGGUGCUCGUCGGCGGGUCCACACGUAUCCCCAAGGUGCAGCAGCUCCUGCAGGACUUCUUCAACGGCAAGGAGCUCUGCAAGAGCAUCAACCCCGACGAGGCCGUCGCGUACGGCGCGGCCGUGCAGGCCGCUAUCCUCAGCGGCGAGGGCAACGAGAAGGUGCAGGACCUGCUGCUGCUCGAUGUUACGCCCCUGUCUCUGGGUCUGGAGACCGCUGGCGGUGUUAUGACCGUUAUCAUUCCUAGGAACACCACGAUUCCCACGAAGAAGGAGCAGGUGUUCUCCACCUUCUCCGACAACCAGCCUGGUGUGCUGAUCCAGGUGUUCGAGGGUGAGCGCGCCAAGACCCGGGACAACCAUCUGCUCGGCAAGUUCGAGCUGUCCGGCAUCCCCCCUGCUCCUCGCGGUGUCCCCCAGAUUACCGUCUGCUUCGACAUUGACGCUAACGGUAUCCUGAACGUCAGCGCUGAGGACAAGACCACCGGUCAGAAGAACAAGAUCACGAUCACCAACGAUAAGGGCCGUCUCAGCAAGGACGAGAUUGAGAAGAUGGUUCAGGACGCGGAGAGGUACAAGGAGGACGACGAGCAGCACAAGAAGAAGGUUGAGGCGAAGAACUCCCUUGAGAACUACGCCUACAACAUGCGCAACACCAUCAAGGACGACAAGAUCGCCAGCAAGCUUGACGCUGGCGACAGGAAGAAGAUUGAGGAUGCCGUGCAGUCAACCAUUGACUGGCUCGACCAGAACCAGCUGGCUGAGGUUGAUGAGUUCGAAGACAAGAUGAAGGAGCUGGAGGGCAUCUGCAACCCCAUCAUCGCCAGGAUGUACCAGGGCGCGGGUGGUGCUCCUCCUGAGGCUGACAUGGAUGGUGGUGCCGGAUUUGGCGGUGGUGCUUCUGGCGGUGGUGGCUCUGCUGGGCCCAAGAUUGAGGAGACGCAUCCGGACCUCCUCACACCUGCUUAUACUUCCAGCAGAAUGGCUGCUAUUGGUAUCGAUCUCGGUACUUCCUACAGCCGUGCCGCUGUGUGGCAGCACGAUCGCGUGGAGAUUAUUGCCAACGACCAGGGUAACCGCACCACCCCUUCCUAUGUCGCCUUCACCGACACGGAGCGUCUCAUUGGCGAUGCUGCGAAGAAUCAAGGAGCGAACAUUGAACUAAUGCGCCGUGCUCCUUUCCACAAUGCAGAUGUCAAGCGCUUGAUUGGCCGUCGCUUUUCCGAUGCGUCCGUCCAAAGCGACAAGAAGCUGUGGCCAUUCCAGGUCACCAAAGGCCCAGGCGAGAAGCCCAUGAUCAAGGUCGAAUUCAAGGAAGAGACCAAGAUUUUCGCUGCCGAGGAAAUCUCCUCCAUGGUGCUCACCAAGAUGAAGGAGAUCGCCGAGGCGCACCUCGGAAGCACCGUUAAGAAUGCGGUCAUCACCGUUCCUGCCAACUUCAGCGACUCGCAACGACAAGCCACUAAGGACGCUGGCGCAAUCGCGGGCCUGAAGGUCCUCCGUAUCAUCAACGAGCCUACUGCUGCUGCUAUCGCGUACGGUCUCGACAAGAAGGCGACCGAUUCCGACGAGAAGAAUGUUCUCAUCUUCGAUCUGGGCGGAGGUACCUUGGAUGUGUCGGUUCUGACGAUCAAGGAGGGGACUUCUGAGGUUAAGGCGACUGCUGGUGACACUCACUUGGGCGGUGAGGACUUCGACACCCGUCUGGUGAAUUUCUGCGUUGAGGAGUUCAAGAAAAAGCACAGGAAGGACAUGAGCAGUAACCAGAAGGCGCUUCGCCGUCUCCGCACUGCCUGCGAGCGUGCCAAGAGAACCCUCUCGGACUCAACGCAGACGAGGAUUCAGCUUGACUCUCUGCACGAUGGUGUGGACUUCGACAGCAUCAUCUCACGGCUGAGAUUCGAGGAGCUCAACAUGGACAAUUUCCACAAGUGCAUGGAGCUGGUGGAGAAGUGCAUCAGGGACUCGGGGUUGAGCAAGCAUCAGAUCCACGACGUGGUGCUCGUCGGCGGAUCCACGCGUAUCCCCAAGGUGCAGCAGCUCCUGCAGGACUUCUUCAACGGCAAGGAGCUCUGCAAGAGCAUCAACCCCGACGAGGCCGUCGUGUACGGCGCGGCCGUGCAAGCGGCCAUUCUCAGCGGCGAGAAGGUGCAGGAUGUGCUGCUGCGUGAUGUCACGCCUCUGUCCCUGGGUCUCGAGUCUGCCGACGAUCUCAUGACCGUUGUCGUUCCCAGGAACACCGCGAUUCCCACGACCAAGGAGCAGGUGUUUACCGUCAGCCAGCCUGGUGCGUUUAUCCAGCUGUUCGAGGGUGAAUACCCGGAGACCCUUGAUAACCGCCUGCUCGGAAAAUUCGGGCUGUCCGACGUCCCCCCUGCUCCUCAGAUCACCGUCUCGUUCGACAUUGACGCCGACGGUAUCUUGAAUGUUAGUGUCGAGGACAAGACUACUGGGCAGAAAAAUAAGAUUGUGAUUGACAAGGGCCGGCUUAGCCAGGCUGAGAUUGAGAAGAUGGCUCAGGACGCGGAGAGGUACAGGGAGGAGGACGUACGCGAUAAGAGGAAGGUGAAGGCGAAGGACUCGCUUAUGACAUACACCUACGAGAUUCGCAACAGGAUGAUGAGGGACGACACGAUCACGUGCGAUCUCGAUGCGGGAGACAGGUAUAAGAUCGAGGAUGCUGUGCAGAUGACGAUCGAGUGGCUCGACCGGACAUCGGUGGCUGAGGCGUAUGAGUUUGAGGACAGGAAGAAAUGGCUGGAGGGAAUUUGCAGCGCUUUCAUUGCCGUGGUGUGA